AUGUACAAGAAGCCACCAAUCUACAAGGUUGAGUCUGAAGGCGAGUCUCAUCAGCCUAAGUUCAGAUGCACAGUGGAAGUGGGCGGUCAACAGUUCUCAUCAGCUGGUAGUUUUGAUCGCAAGAAGGAAGCAGAGCAGGAUGCUGCUAGAGUUGCUUAUGAGAUCUUGGCAGCAGUUGGAGAGGAUGACAUUAAAGAGGCAUUUGGGCUGAUUGAUCAGGAUGCGGUUUUCUGCAAAUCAAUCCUCAAUGAAUUUGCUGUCAAGACAAAAACCACUUGGCCCUCUUACUCUUUAGUUUCUCUCACAAAGCCUUUGACCCUGUUUGCUGCAACUGUGGUAUUUGAUGGGAAUAGCUAUACUGGUGAAUCUGCACGCAACAAGAAGGAUGCAGAGCAGAAUGCAGCUCGUGCUGUGAUCAAGUCGAUUUUAGCUAAGCACAACACUUGUAUGGUGGGAAUUGUUAGAUCGAAGAAACAACUUAUAACUGCCGUCAGAUCUUCUGGAAGCACCCCAGCUAUUUUUACUCCUAUACAGUUUACACGGCCUGUUUCAUAUGCAGCAUACGGCGGACCAGAUCAUGUAGCACCUGUGUUGCAAAAUGCAUCUUCCUCAUUAGCUGUUCAAGGAGGCAUCGAUGCUGUACCUGCGGUUGGGACAUCUGCCAACCCAUCAUCAGCAAAUGUAAGUCGCUCAAAGUCAAAGAAGCGCAAGGCAAGAGUUUAA